UCUCUCUUUCAUUCACAUUCAAUUUACAAUCACAAAUUCUUUCAUAUUCAUUUAUUCAAAUUCUCUUUAUAUCAAGUAACCGCUAGUGGUAUAUUUAUUCUAGAAAAUCGAGGAACCGCUAGUGGUUAUAUUUAUUCUAGAAAAUCUAGGAAUUGCUGUUAAAAUCGAUGGCGAAAGAGAUGACGGGAAAACCGACACUACUCGGGCGACAGAAGCUAGCCGUUCUCCUCCACAGCUCCGAACCAAACGUCUUCAUCACAACCCACCACCAACCGGAAACCAUCGAUCACCGCCGUAGCAACGCUUCAUCUUUUACGCCGGUCGCCUCGUCAACUUCAUCUCCGGUUUACGUCAUGUCUCCAUUCAACCACAUGCCCUCACCCUACUCCAAAUCACCAUGGGUUAACAUCCCUUUUACAAACAAUGUCGGUAACAGUAUCGUAUCAAACACCGGCUUGAUUGGAUCGUUGAUACGCGAAGAGGGACAUAUAUACUCGUUAGCGUCUUCCGGUGAUUUGUUGUACACGGGUUCGGACUCGAAGAACAUUCGGGUGUGGAAGAGUUUGAUGGAGUUUUCGGGUUUUAAAUCGAGUAGUGGAUUGGUUAAAGCGAUUGUUGUUUCUGGUGGCCGGGUAUUUACCGGCCACCAGGAUGGUAAAAUUAGGGUUUGGAGGUAUAAAGAUAAAAAGAAAAAAGGUUAUAAACGGGUGGGUAGUUUACCCACCACUAAAGAUUAUAUAAAGAGUUCCAUGAACCCUAAUAAUUAUGUCGAAGUAAGACGACAUCGUAAUGUUCCGUGGAUAAAACAUUACGAUGCCGUCGCGUGCAUGAGCUUAGAUGAAGCACACGGGAUUUUGUAUUCGGGGUCAUGGGAUAAAUCCAUGAAAGUCUGGAGACUUUCAGAUUCUAAAUGUUUAGAAUCUGUAACUGCCCAUGAUGACGCUAUUAAUAGCGUCGUCGUGGGCUUUGACUGCCUGGUUUUCACUGGGUCAGCUGACGGCACAGUGAAAGCCUGGCGGAGGGAGUUAGUUGGGAAAACGACUAAACACCUUCUUGUGUCCACACUUUUGGAUCAGGACAGCGCGGUUACAUCGGUGGCGGUGACUGCCACCGAUGCAACAGUGUACGCUGGAUCCUCUGAUGGGUUGGUGAACUUUUGGGUUCGGGGGAAACAAGCGUUCUCCCACGGCGGUGUUUUGAGAGGACAUAAGCUCGCAGUGCUUUGUCUUACAACCGCUGGAAACUUGUUGUUGAGUGGAUCUGCGGAUAAUAGCAUAUGCGUGUGGCGGAGAGAGGGUGGUGGGAUUCACACUUGUUUGUCGGUUUUGAGUGGGCAUACUGGACCGGUUAAGUGUUUAGCGGUUCAGGACCGGUCUAAUGAUGAUGAUCGGAAUGACGAAUGGGUGGUGUACAGUGGUAGUUUGGAUAACUCGGUGAAGCUUUGGCGGGUGUCGGAGCAACCGGAAAUUUGUAGCUCUUAAAAGUAGUUGUGAAGAACAUUUUUUGAUUAUAUGAUGAUGAAGGAUUGGAGAUCUGUUUUUUUUAUUCUUUAAAUGUGGAUUGAGGAUAUGAGGUUACUAUUUCUUUUUGUUUGAAAUGUUAUGUAAAGACAAAUGAAUGAAUGCCUAAACAUAAAAAGCAUGUUCAAAUGUUCCUUCAUUUAACGUGUUAUUCAUCUUUCUUAUUUGUAUUGAGAACUUAGAGCAUUC